CACGCUCCAUCCCUCCACCAAUGGGGAUGACUUGUGCGAAAAACAAUCUCCGCUCUUUUUUGCCCGUAAGAACGGCCAAAAAAAAAAAAUCCAGCGGGGCGGCAGAUGGAAUAGUCAUAACUCCUGCGCAGUCAGAUGCCACUCGUCAGAAACCACUUCACACGUCGUCGUGCCCGAAAUUCGUGGCGGAAGUUGCCGUUGCGCCGCCAACUCCGUGGGAUUAGUUCGCAUGCAGCGCGACAGCGGAGGCGGACCGCGGUGGGAUGGGCUGUGAGGCGUUCAAGAUGGCGGCGCCCUGUGGAGUGCAGCUACUCUAACAGAGGUGCCUGGAGACUGUGACGUAGGGCGGGCCCACGAGUCCUCCAGGCAGGCAGGGGACGGACAGCGUGAGUGAGACGCUUCCUCCUCCUCCUCCUCCUCCUCCUCCACCUCCUGCACUACCCACCACCAUGGCCAGGGAGCAGCCCAACGUGGGGGACCUCCUCCCGCUCCUGGAGACCGCCGACCUCCACCAGCUAGAAGGGAUCAGAGGCCUUAUCAAUGAGCAGCUCAACACUGAACGAGGGUCCAUGCUGCUGAACGGCCUGGUGGACUACUUUUUGGAAACAAAUUCUGCCCAGGCCAUGCAUAUCCUCUCCUCGGUCCGAGAGCCACAUGACAAGCACCUUCUAGACAAGAUGAACGAGUGCAUGACCAGGCAGGCGUGCCGACUGCCCACCCUCACCCUGCUCGGCCACGUCAUCCGCAAGCAGCCGUCCUGGAUCCACAAGAUUGCCCGAUACCCUCUGCUGCUCUCGCUGCUCAAAUGCCUCAAGACGGACACGGACGUGGUGGUGCUCAUAACUGGAGUGCUGGUGCUUAUCACUCUGCUGCCCAUGAUCCCCCAAGCUGGGAAACAACACCUGUGGGAGUACUUCGACAUCUUUGGCCGCUUGGCAUCCUGGAACCUCAAGAACCCUGGGCAUAUUUCGGAGGUCUAUCUAAUCCAUCUGCAUGCCAGCGUCUACUCCCUCUUCCACCGCCUCUACGGCAUGUACCCGUGCAACUUUGUGUCCUACCUGCGGUCCCACUACAGCAUGAAGGAGAACAUGGAAACAUUCGAGGAGGUAGUUAAGCCGAUGCUUGAACACGUUCGUAUACAUCCUGAAUUGGUGACGGGAACAAAAGACCAUGAGCUUGACCCCACGAGGUGGAAAAAGUAUGAAAUCCACGACAUCGUCAUCGAAUGUGCCAAAGUGUCUCUCGACCCCAAGGAGGCCUCCUGUGAGGAGGGAUACGCCACCAUGCCUGAGAGCUUCUACCCCCAAAUCCACAUGCGACCACAAGACUGCACUUCCAGCCCCUACACGGACCUGCACAGCAGCUACGGAAGCUCAUCUUCGACCCCGUUCUCAACUCCACGGCAGCCGCUACCCCCGCCCCUGUCCUUGCCCCCCUUCUCAGGGACACAGUCCUCCUCCUCCUCCCGCAGCCCGCAGACCUCCAGACGCCAGAACUCGACCUGUGAACUCAACUCUUCCGGCGGGGGGAAGGACCCGCUGUGGAGCCCCUCCUCGUACUGCGGCAUGGCCACGCCCCCUUCCUCCAGGGGCAUGUCGCCCAACUUGGAGCUGUCCCACAGUGCCUCACACCUUCCCAACCGCUUCCACUGCACGUCAGGAGGGAAAGGAACGCCUGCCUCAAGCACUCCAGCCACCUCCUCCCCACCGCCCACCCUAUCAGAUGACUUUCCCAUAAUCUCAUUACCAGCAAACACAGUCCAGUCCAGUCCACCGAGAAAGGAUCGGCGACAAGGGGAAAGUGGUAAACCUGCAUUGGUGCGACAGGAGCCGGUGAAAGACACUGAGAAGAGCGCGGACACAACAACACAUAGAGACGCAGGAGCUGCUGAGAAUGUGUCCAUGACGUUGACGGAGCUGUCGGUCUUCAUGAAGAAACAGGAGCUGGAGCUUCAGCUGAGAACAGAGAAGGAGAGAGAAGAGGCCGCCAUCACAGAGGAGCUGCUGAAGAUCACCGAAGAGACACAGGAGCUGCCGAGUCUGAGAGGUUUCGACUCGCCGUUCUUUCACACCACCGAGACUCUGACCGGCUGUCAGGCCCAAGAAAAGUCCCACUCCUCCAGCGCCCAGCCGGGAGGCCCCGUGCGGGACCCCCACCGCGCCACGUCGACGCCAGACAAAGCGGAGAACACGGCGAGCACCAGCGGCGUCGGCAGCGAAACGGGGGGUGUCGGCGGUGCGGGAGGGGACAGCAGGAGCUCCGCUCUCGGCCUGGAGCAGUCCUGGUCCUUCCAGUCGUGUUUCACCCCUAUCGAUCACCACCUGCACCGGAGCCCGUCGGCGCCGGACGACGAGCUGGGCAAGCUUGUGGGGAUGUUCUCGCUGAGCCCGGGCAGCAAGACCCCGGCCCCGGCACCCUACGAGUCGUUCUUCGACCUGGCCCUGCCCAGGGCGGCCUCGCUCUUCGUGGGGCAGAAGACGUCGGAGGCGGUGCACAAGGCGGCGCUGGAGAAGCUGCUGCAGCGCGAGGAGGGUCUGGAGGACGGGGAGGAGGAAGGGGUAGCGACGGCUUCGCCACUGGAGGUGCUGGAUCGCCUUGUUCAGCAGGGGAGCGAUGUCCACGAUAAAGUCCUUAAGAGAUUACCUUUGCCAAGUAAGUCAGCUGACUGGACGCACUUUGGAGGCUCGGCACCGCUGGACGAGCUGCACACGCUGCGCAGCCAGCUGCUCCUGAUGCACAACCAGCUGCUGUACGAGCGCUACAAGAGGGAGCAACACGCCGUCCGCAACCGACGCCUCCUCCGACGCAUCAUCAACGCCACGGCGCUGGAGGAGCAGAACAACGCUAUGAAGGACCAGCUGAACCUGCAGAGUGUGGACAUCGUGUCCCUGAGGGAGAGUCUGCAAGUGGAGCAUCAGCGCUACCGGCAGCUGUGGGACGACAGGGAGACGGUGGUGACCAGGCUGCACAGUCAGAUCAGGCAGCUGCAGCAGGGCCGCGACGACUACUACACCAAGAACCAGGAGCUGCAGAGUAAGUUGCAGGAGUGUCAGAAACAGAUGGACGAGCUGGAGGCGGAGCUUCAGGGAGCCAACAACAAGGUCUGCCACACGGGUCACCUCCUCAACCAGAUGACCAUCAAGCUGAGCACCAGCGAGAGCACCCAGCAGCAGAUGAGCUUCCUGAACAAGCAGCUGCUGCUCCUCGGGGAGGCGCAUAAGCUGUCCAUGCAGGAGCUGCACCACAGCGGCGUCGAUAAUACAAAGGAGGCCCGGAUGCUGCAGGUGUCCUACGGUAAAGAGGUGGAGACGCUGAGGCAGAGUCUGCUGGUCCAGGGUCAGAAGCUGGAGGCGGCCCAGCAUCGAGUCGGCGAGCUGGAGACGCACCUCUCCAAAAAGGAGCAUCUCAUCGUUGAGCAGAAGAAGUUCCUGGAGGACGUCAAGUGUCAAGCAAAGUCGGAGCUGCAGGCCUCCGACAGCAGGCAUCAGGCCCAGAGGAGGAUCACUCAGCUGCUCCAGACCGAGCUCCUGCAGCUCUACAGCCGAGUGGAGAUGGAGGCUCCCGCCGGCACCGCCGCCGGCUCGCCACCGGGGGGCAGAGCCGACACACACACUCCCACCGACUCCAGCGUGUUGGUGCCAGACGGACCAAGUAAAAGUCAAACACACAAGGAGGUGUCGGCCAGCAGACCGCCGCGUGACUCCCCCCGGGGCAACGGCAGCACUUUAUCACCGGGGCAUCCCAAGGCGAGCAACUCUUCCAAGUCGGCGGCGGCGGCCAACUCCGUCAACGGCAGCCAGGAACUGGCCCCGCCCCUGCUGGUGGAGCCCUCGCCGUCCUGUCCCCACGGCGACGCACUCGCGCCGCUGCCCGCGGGCGACGCGCCCCUCACUGUGGGCUCCUACCCCAGCGCCCGGAGCUUCCUGGGCAUGAGGGCGCGCGAGCUGUUCCGCAACAAGAGCGAGAGCCAGUGCGACGAGGAGCAGCCGCAGCCGCCGCGCCUCGCGGGCCUCGCCCACGGCCUGAAGACCGAGCUGUGCGUAGAGGCGCCCUGCUCGGGUUACAUCGCCCCCGUCAGCCCCGCAACUUGCCCCAUCAUUCCAACUCCUCCCCUCGCCCCGCCCCCAACCCCGGCUCCCCUUGCCGCCCCUCUCACUGUGCCCACGAAGGAGCCCCCAUCCGAGCCCAAGCAGCGGGCCUCCAGCCAGGAAAGCCCCCGCAGGAAGUCAGGGUUUGGGCCCGGUGGAGGGCGGGGCCAGGCCGGGGCGGGGCGCCCCCGGCAACAGCAGCAUCUAAAGAUCAUGGACUAUAACUAAAGACCACAUCACGAGCACAGUUAAGAGACACAGAACUGGGCCGGGGGACGAGGACGGACUUAGAAGUUUAACGACGGAGAAGAGCUACAAAAAUCAGCAAGAGUAACAAUUUGUGCUACUCACAACAAUUCAGUGUUAUAUGAUCCAUUCCUCUGAGUGGACAACAGGAUUCCCCCAUUUUUUUUUUUUUCUUUUUACCUUUGCCAUACUGAGUCAUUCCCCCCUGAAGAGUUGACGUGUCACCAGUGAGGAUGCUAGACGUAUGAAUGAUAUGAAGAGUCAAAAGGACGAGCCGACGGGAUGUGACGCUGUGAGUCUGAUGUUUAAAGAUCAACUAGAUUACAAAACAGUUCACCAGAUUUUGAGGAAUCAGUUUCGGGUGGUUUUGGCCUUCACCCCCAACACAGAGGAGGUGAACGACAUUUUGUUUUCUCAGCAGUUCGUCUAGAAAACGGAAUUGAAAAUAAUUCCUUCAGUACAAGGUCUGUGGAUGAUACAGAGAAACAGUGAGGUUAUAUUUUAGAAACCAGCUGCUGGUAAUAUGAUGAUGAUGAUAAAUCAUGUGCUGCGGUCAAAACCACUGAUGAUUUAAAAGAUUUUCUAAAAGACACCACAUUCAAAUCCAAUCAGCGGAGAAGGAGACGUCACACGUUUGUCUCCAUCAUCUGUUGGCAGCGUACUUCAGAUUGACGACGAACCGGAAAAGUGAAAUUCUCGAUAAGCGUUGAGCGAGUGUCACAGGAAGUGAUCAAGUACUGAGAGAUGUGUGAGUCACUCCGGGGGAAACCAGAGAUUGAAUGUUUCCAUAAAAUUAACUCAUUUUCUGUUUCCAAACUACUUCGAAAGGCGGAAUGUGAUGCAGAUAAUGGCGUCACGUCGAUUCUCCCAUUUCCAGAUGAGGAAAGUGUGUGAAAUUAACGAACUGAUGAAAUUUUAUGCAUUUUUCUGUUUCCUCUUUUUAACUUCCAGAUUGUGUUGGACCUUAACUUUUUUUUAUUCCGCCGCCCACGAGGUGAGCUCACGACUACAUAUCCUGAAUCUGAAUCUGACCAGGGAGGAGACACAAGUAGCCCCCCGAGCUACAAAUAUCAACAUAUUGCUAUAUUGAUAUCAACGCAUUGCAAAUCUCUCCAAAUGAAGGUGAGCUGAAACAUCCGCAGUAGGUUUUCCUUCCCGCAGGUCCGAUGAACUUUCCGCUAAAGUAAUAAAAGUAAAAUCCCCCUUUUUUUCUCCCUUCCCCACAAUGGCGCCUAUAAUCCUGUUGUCCACCGGGAGCUCCUGCUGUCCUUUCCCUUCUGCCUCGCUAUCGAAAGCAUGUUCAACAAUCCACUUUAAAAAACGCCAAAACCGUAGUAACUCGCAGCAAAAAAUCAAGACAAGAAGGUACAAUCAGCACAAAAGUGAAGGAGCCAGGACUCUCGAGCCGGAGCUGGAGGAGAAUCUGGGAACUAAAAAAGGAAGUUCUUAAAAAAGCAGUGGCUUGUGUUUAACUGUGAACAAUAAAGAUCGUCUUCAAUGUUUUGCACUACAA